AUGUAUACUCCCACCGCCGCCGAAUUGCAUGAAGCGAUAGCAGCUGCGCAUGCUAUGACUCUGCUUGGCAAGGCUGGUGGACUGCGAGAGAAUGUCAAAAACGCGCAUCCAGACUGGUUGGUUUCUUCUAAGAGGAUCCAUCAAGUUUGCCAGCGCAGCGAUUCCUCGACACCUCAUGCAAAGGACGAUGAUGACGGUACCGCCUGGAACGGCCUUAUUAUCCAUCCCGACAUCCACGCCCACGAUGCCCUUUCAUCAGUCCAAUCGCUUCUCUAUCACAUUGACCCAUGUCAUGUUGAUUUCACCACCGAUGGAGCCAUCGACAAGGCUUGCUUACGAGAUUUGCUGGACAGCGAAGGUGGACAACCUCUCUUGAACUUCUACGACCGCGAUGAACAAGAAUACCGGUGGUAUUACUCGGCGUACGCUGCUCCUUCGGCUUCUACAAAGCUCCAUAACUCCGUUAUGUCGUCUAUUGCCGAGGAUGCGGUGACAGGAAGAGUGCUAGUAGUACUGGAUGGGCCGAAAGGUGGAGCCUGGAUGGACUCUGCUGCCAUUAGUUCUGAGAGGCUGGCAAGGACCAUUUGGUGGUACAAACAAUCUGGGUCAAACGUCGUGGAAAUCUUCGGAGAGAGGGAGUUGCGGCGGUUCGUUCUGUCGUUGUACGCGUAG